CUGUGAUAAUUUUUUUUGUCUUUUUAGAUGCCGCGUGCCAAGGGCCACAGGCGGGCCCUGGCCAUGAAGAAGAUGAGGGCGAAGCAGCUGGACUGGACCCCCCAGCCACCUGUCCCUGAGUUUGUUCCCCGGCGCGGCACUGGCAGCCGCCACUGCGCAAGGACAUGGCCAACUUCACACCUGACAGGCCGUCAGGUGAAGUUGGUCCCUCCAGGACACCCGGAGAAGAAGAUUGUGUUCGUCAUCGGGGACUCCCACCUGAGGGCUGUGGUGGAUGAGGACGUCGCCAUCCCGGAGCUGCCUUUUUGUUUUUCUUUUCUCUCUGUUCCAGGUGGAGCAGCGGCUGAUCUGAGGAUGGAGGUGAGGCAUCUGACCAUCCUCUGGACCCCUGACCUCGUCUGUGUUUGCGCGCCAGGCAACAACCUCACAGGGAAUCGUACUAUCGGUGAGGCAGCGGUGGACUUCGACGCACUCCUGCUGACGGUCCAUAGCCGCUGGCCCAAGGUGUUUGUUCUGGACUUCCCACCACGACUGACCAUCCCCAUGGACCUGCAGGAGCUGCUGCGUAACGAAUACCACCGGGUGGCAGCACGCAUGGGUCUCCCAUACGUGGCUGUGGCGGACCACCUGUCGCUGAACCAGCUGAACCUUUGGUGCCCUGACAGCGUUCACCUCAGUGACACCGAUGGCAUGCCCAUCCUGAUCGACCUGUUGUGUGAUGCUGCCUUCUGUCAGCUCGCACCCCCUCCACCGGAGCCUACCGCCUCUCCUCAGACGCCCCCCCGUCCCUGGACGCCACCCAGUCCCCGGGUGGCUCCCAGGGUGGUUGCGACAGGACCGGAGCCCCUGCCUCGUCGGAGGCACCCCCGGGGGUGGACUGUGGUUGGACAGGAGGGAAAGGCUGGAACACCACUGGUGCGACAGUCCGAUCCGAUCCCAUCCAACGCGGUGUGGUUCACCAGUGCUAUGUUGGAUGCCAUGGAGGAGUUCGCUCCUUCCAUUGGGUCUGACAGCAUUGCUGUUCCACCAUCCGGCCAGGAUUCCCCUGGGAAGCAUCGAGCGAGAGGUGUUGCCACCAAGCAUGUAGGACGAAAGCGGCAGGUGCCGGCAACACCUUCACCUGCCCAUGUGGUGGCCUCCCAGCCCAGGACAGCGUUGGUCCAGGGGGAGGUGGAGAUGCCAGAGGUUGGGGUGGUGCCAGAGGCUGUGAGGGACCAGUCCGCUGUCCAGGAAGGAGCUCAGAUGCCACAGAAGAUCAGCAAAGGUAAGUGUGGUUCUGUUCCUUUUCUUACUGUUCCUUGUGUUAGUGUUCCUCAUGUUAGUGCAGCUCAGUCGGACUGUGAUCAUGUGGCAGCAACCAGGAGGGAUCAUGGAGGGACUGGGUUAGUAAAGGUUGUGCGUGGAUCUUUUCACCAGGGAGAUCACAGGUUUUUGUAUAGAGGAGUGCAGUGUAUGGCCAUUGCCUUAGUCAGCUUAGCUAGACACACGGUGAAAAGUGUGUUCUCGUGGGAGGGGCUUGAUCUGGAUCGCGUGUUGGUUGAAGGAGAUAACUUGUAUUGCGAUUUGCGUACCAAAAACCUCUUCAGCCACGUGUCUGGUUUGUUAUCUGUUCCAGAUCUUCCCAAGGUUUUUCCAAUAGAUAGACCAGAGUUUAGUGUACAUUGUGGUGACACAUGGUCAGGUGAGGUAGGUGUUACAUCAGGUGAAUGGAUUGACGUCGGUGUGUAUGUUAGUCUGCAGAAUGGUCUGGGGAGGAUUUUUAGUCAGUACAGCUCUUGUCUGCUGACACUUUGUGGCAAUACGUCUGCCAUCAUCUGUGAGAAUGGACAGUUCGCUGUGGUCGACAGUCACUCACGCAGUAGCUGUGGCCUGGUACAUGGUGACAGUACCAGUGUAGUUCUGUAUUUUUCAUGUCUCUGUGAUCUGUAUGAGUACAUCUGUUGUUUGGCUGACAGUCUCACUUCAGGGGAGAAACCCUUUGAGCUGUCUGCCAUUAGUAUUAGUAGCAUUGUGUGUCCAGGGCCGUCUGGUGUUUCUGUAGAGAGUUGUAUCUCUAAGAUGAGCGCUGCUGCAGCACCAGGGUUUAGUGAGGUCUUUGAUGAUUGUGCAGCCCCCUUUGUGUCUGAGAGUGGGGCUGGUGUAGAGAUGAUCCCAGCGCUGCCCACCUUUUCUGGUGAGGUUAGCAGUAGCUCGGAAGCAGAAUCCAAAGCUACUAAUGGUAGAAAGCGCAAGAUUUCUUCAAGCACUUGUCUAUCAAAGAAAUCAAAGCAUUUUGAUAGGGCUACAGUCAUCUCUGAUGUAGAGUUUGUCAAUGCAGUUACGAAUGAAGAGCUGGUCUUCCGUCCCCUCGGUGUAGAUGUGUGUCAGGCUCUGUGUAGCCAGUUGAAUAUAGAGUUUAUGAAAGUCAGUGGUCUGGUGUGUAGAGAGGUCGGGUAUUUAGGUGUUCCUUGUAGAAACGAAAAGAUAGUUCCAGACGGGAACUGCUUCUUCAGAGCUGUUUCUCAGGCUGUUAGUGGUUCACAGAAGAACCAUCGUAGGAUUAGGUUGGUCAUUUGUAGAGAGUUGGAGUGUAAUGCUGAUAGAUAUCAGAGUCUUUUGAGGACUGGUUAUUCUUCUGUUUCAGAGUACAUUAAGCUGUCCAGGAUGAAGUAUGUAAACACUUGGGCCACAGAGGUGGAAAUCCAGGCCACUGCAGAUUGGUUAGGUGUUGGUGUGUGCACGUUUCUCGGUGGACGUUGGAUAAAGUACACUUGUAGCAAUAAGUGUUCGUCAGCAGACUGCAUUUACGUAGAAAAUGUCAGUGGGGAGCAUUUUGAGUGUGUUGUUUGUGUGUGUAAGCCUGGACAGCAGGGUUGUUACGGUUACUGUAGAGUUAGUGAGGAGACAGGCUAUAGUACCAGGUCAACAGUGAUAGAUGUUGACAGUACAUGUUCAGAUAGAGACAUUGUUGAGGUGAUAGAGGGUGUUGGUGUGAGUAAUAGUAAUAAUGUGAGGUCUAAGUAUUUGAGGCAGAAGAAAAGUUUGCGUGACAAAUGUGAGAGAGAGACACACAAGUUGCAGUGGAGGAAGAUGUACAGGGAGAAUGUGGCGUUCAGGGAGAGGAUUAAAUUAAAGACAAUUGGGAAAUACAGAGAUGAUGUUCAGCAUAGGGACAGGGUAAAAGAUGCAAGUGUCAGGAAAUACGGAGAUGACGUUCAGCAUAGGGACAGGGUUAAAGCUGCAAGUGUGAGGAAAUACAGAGAUGACAUUCAGCAUAGGAACAGGGUUAAAGCUGCAAGUGUCAGGAAAUUCAGAGAUGACCUUCAGCAUAGAGACAAGGUUAAGCAAAAUGUUAAAAGGCAUUAUCGCAGUAAUUAUAAAUAUAGGGAGCAGGUUAUUGCUCGUGUGAGGUUGAGUCGGAAGCAGAGGCUCGAGAGGUUGGUAGAUUUUGGUUUGGUUAUGGAGCACUUUUUAGAGAAGGUCAGGGAUGGACCAGAUUUUGUGUGCUGUGUUUGUCAUAGGUUAAUGUUUAAAUCUCAGGUGCUGACAUGUGACAGGGAAGUUUAUGCUGCAAGUGUAGCAACAGCUGGCAUUGCAGAUAAUUGCAUUAGUGAGCAUUAUUUGCAUAGUUGUGAUGAGGGUUGUGUUGAACCGUGUCACUUAGCUGCGUGUAGAGGUCAGCUGUGGAUUUGUUAUACGUGUCAUAAUAAGAUUAGUAAAGGUGAAGUCCCAGCUGAAUCAUGGAGAAAUAACCUCAAUCUAGACCCCAUUCCUUCAGAACUGGGAUGUCUAAAUAGCUUAGAGCAGCACCUGAUAGCUUUACACAUCCCAUUUAUGAAGAUGUUAGCGUUGCCUAAAGGUGGUCAGAAUGGUGUACAUGGGCCUGUAACGUGUCCGGCCAACAUUGUACAGACCACCAAUGUGUUGCCGCGGUCCAGUAUGGAGGGGUCUCUGCUUCAGGUUAAGUUGAAACGUAAACUGACCUAUAAAGGCCACUACGAGUAUCAGUUUGUUGAUACAUUGCGUGUAAGGCGGGCGCUAGAAUAUUUGAAGAGGACAAAUGUGUUGUAUAGAGAUAUUGAAUUCAACGAGGAGUGGAUUAAUGAGUUUUGUAGGCAGGAGGAUGGUGAGCAAGAAGAGCCUGACCCUGAGGAUGAGGAUGAGGAUGUUCAGGUUCAGUCUUCUCAGGUUGAGCAGGUUGUUGUAGAGGGUGAGGUUAGCCAGGCUGAGGAUGUUGCAGCAGAUGUUGAUGGUGUAGAUGAGGAAUCAGCAGACAUAGUGCAAGAUGAACUGUUACAUGAUAGACAACAGCACUGCAUGUUUCAGGACACUUGCUUAUUUCCUGUUGACAUAGGGCAAGAAACUUUAGACCAGUAUUUUGAGGAUAUUGUGAGUAUAGCGCCUGCAGAGGGAAACAGUCCAGUUAGGAUGCUUUCUGACCAUCUGAAUGAAGCAAAGUGUUUCCCGGUGUUGUUUCCUCUGAGUACUAAGACCUUCCAUGAUAGUCGCAUGCAUCAUUUAACAUUGUCGCGUUAUUUUAAUAAUAGGAUCAUGCAUGCCGACGGCCGUUUUGCAUGGAAUGUUGAGUAUAUUUUUUACACUAUGCGUAAGGGUAAAGGAGGUCAGAAGUCUCAGAGGAUCAGUAUGAGCAUGCUUCAAGAUGAGAAGUCUUUGAAGCAGUUUUUGGAGUUUGACGACGAUCUGCGCUGGCAGAAUCUCCUUGCCAGCAUCCUGAAACAGGAAGGCAGAAGGCAGACGGUAGAGGAUUUGGAUUGGGCCGAUAGGUGUGAGUUGUUGCGUCGCAACCCAGUUACAGCUGCGCGGAUGUUCGAUUACAGAUGGCACUGUUUUUUGAAUGAAGUUCUCAUGUCUCCUGCUCAACCAAUUGGCAAGAUUGUUGAUUACUUUUAUAGGAUAGAAUUCCAGCAGCGGGGGUCUCCCCAUGUUCAUGCGCUGUUUUGGAUGGAGGGAGCUCCCCAAAUUUACAAAAACACAGAUGAAGAGGUUGCAGAGUUCAUUGACCAGUAUAUUACAUGUGAGCUACCCUCAGACGAUGACAUGCUCUUGGACAUUGUGUCAUCAGUUCAGACACAUUCGAAGAGACAUUCAAAGUCGUGUAAGAAAAACAAAACGCAAUGUCGUUUUAAUUUUCCAAAACCAGUUUCUGCACGCACAUUCAUCUGCAAAAUCGAGGAAUGCCGUUGUGCACAGAAGGCAAAGGAGACAGGGGAGCCUUCUGAUUCAAAUGACAAGCCAUUGUGCACGUGUCGGGAGGAUUUAGAUAAGAAGAUGCCUAAGGAGCUAGCUCAGUCCAUUAUGACUAGAGUUAAAAAUGCCAUGGAGAGGGAUGAGCCUUUUGCUAGUGUAGAACAGUUGUUUGCCAGUGUGGGGAUUAACCAGGCAAUCUUUGAGAUGGCUUACAGGCAGCUGGAGAAAAAGAAUAGGGUGGUUUAUCGACGAGGGGUAAAUGAAACUUGGAUUAAUCAAUAUAACAAGAAUUUGCUUAAGUGCUGGAAUGCUAACAUGGACAUUAGCUUCGUCACCGACGCCUACGCAGUCAUCAUAUACAUCGUAUCGUAUAUUACAAAAGCAGAGAGAGAAAUUGGCCUGUUAUUGAGCAGUGCCCAAAAAGAAGCAUCAAAACGAGGAAAUCUCUCUGCUAGAGAUGCUAUGAAAAAGCUCGGCAGUGUAUAUUUACACAACAGAGAUGUCUGUGCUCAGGAGGCGGUGUAUAGGCUAACGAACAUGCAUUUGAAGGAGUGUUCCAGGAAGGUUGUGUUCGUUCCAACAGGGAACAACAUUGUGAAAAUGAGUUUGCCCCUCGGUGUUUUGUUGCAAAGGGCAUCCUCUCAUGGUAUUGGGUCAGAGGAUAUGUGGAUGACUAGCAUCGUAGAUGGAUACAGGAAUAGGCCCGACGGUGAUGUGUUUGACGACAUGUGCAUUUGUACUUUUGUGUCGGAGUAUCGUGUUCUCACCAAGAAUGAAAAAUCUCCAAACCAAAUUCAAUUGAAAGGCGAGCUCAAGCCUGAAGGCUUUGCGCUCUUCAAACAGUUCUAUGAGGAAGGGGAGGUGACGUUGGCUGACGGCUCCGUGCGUUUGGUGCAGGACGUCGUCGAUGAGAAUAGGGCAAAGUUUGAAGUGGACUGUCCUCAUUUAGAGCGUGCUCAGGAAAUUGUGGAGAAGUUAAAUGGUGUUGAUGAAGAUGCGUGGGGGGAGCUUUGUCCUGAGCAGGAAGUCGAACGUUUGGAAUGUUUAGAGGAUAGACAGCAGCAGCAGCAGGCAGAGAUACAGGAUGAGCAAUUGCAUUUACAGCCUAACUGUAUUGCUGUGACAGAGACGUGGCUCAGUGCACAAUCCUCAACAGACAGUGUUCACAUUGACGGUUACAUUUUCCACAGUCGUCCUCGAGCCUUGUGUUACAGCAGCAGUAACCCCAAAUUGUCUGAGCUUAGGGACCUAGAACAUGGUGGAGUAGGCUUGUAUACAGCAGGUGAUUUGGACUGUGAGAUUCUGCAGGUGCCCGAUUUGAAUCUGGAGUGUUUGGUGUGCCUGUAUCAGGAUUUAUUAGAAGAUGUAGAUUUGCUGUUUGCAGAGGAGUUUGAAGAUUUAGAGGGUUUUUUCGAUGACGAGUCCGAUGUAGAGUAG